AUGACAUUCUCUCCUCUAUUUCAGGUGCUGGGGCUGCUGCUCUGCUUCAAUGCCCGCGUUAUUGCCCAGGAAGACAAGUUCAGGUUAAUCCCUGGCCUUGAUGCGUUGCUUAAAGAAGCGUAUACUCCUGCGAAUAUGUUAAGAGGCAUCCCCUUUGACAUCCAGGACACUACUCUACGGCCAUGGGAAGAGUUGCUUAACGUGACUCACUCGCCAAACCGGGAGCCGCUCAGCUGCGCGUCCUCGGGUUCCUCAAAAUUCUGGUAUGAGGAAAUCGAGCACAACGGCGAGUCGUCCUUCCUCGCGCCGGAACACAAGAAAAGCUACAAGGUAUUCCGCAAUGUCGUCGCCGAUUACCAUGCCGACAAUACUGGCCAAUCCGAUGCUUCGGAAGCUAUCCAGAAUGCGAUCAAAGGCGGUCCUUCUGGAGGCCCGGCGAGAGACGCCCAUAAAAUGGGGACAACCGGUCAACCUGCGAUUAUCUACCUGCCCGGAGGCACUUAUCUACUAAAGAACGCGCUCCAGCUGUACGUCGGAACGGUCCUGAUGGGAGACCCAACAAACCCCCCUGUGUUGAAAGCAGCACCUGGGUUCUCCAGUGACCAUAUGGUAUACGCGAAGGACCCCAACUAUGGCGGGACCAUCAACUUUUAUAUUGGCAUCAAGAACAUUGUGCUUGACUCGACUGGCAUUGACCCGGGCACGACUCUUACGCUCCUUGACUGGACCGUCAGCCAAGCGACCCAGCUGGCCAACGUCCAGUUCAAUAUGCCACCAAAUCCCACAUCCCACAUCGGAUUGUCCACCCAGUACGAUUACAACAGUAAUAUCAUCGUGAAUGACUUACGGUUCAAUGGUGGAGAUGUCGGUAUGAAGCUCAACGGACAACAAUGGGUAUUCAAGAAUAUCGUCUUCAGCGGCACAAAAACUGGCGUAAUUGCAGGUGGAACGGAUAUCAUCUUCUUAGGCUGCCAAUUCUACAACGGCCGUACCGGUAUUGACGCGGUUGGCACGUCCGGAUCUCUGACCGUGGUCGACUCCAGCGCCUCGGGGCUGGAUCAUUUCGUCAUUGCUGGCAAGUCGGAGGGCGCUGGGAAUUCGGUUAUUCUAGAAAACGUCCAGAAUAAUGGCGCUACAGUGACUGUGGAUGGCAAUACUAUCGUGAGUGGCAGCAUUGAGAACACCUGGGUUCGUGGGGACUUGUAUAAACCUGGGGACCCCCAAAUGCACCGGGUCAACGGUCAAACAGUUACCACGCCGCGUUCGUCAUCACUGGUGUCAGGAGGCAAAUACUUCACCAAAUCGGCCCCGACAUUCCAGGAAUUCUCUGCUAGCCAAGUUUUGAACAUUAAGAACGUCGAGGGCAGACCGGUUUACGGAGAUGGAACAACUGAUGACACGCAGAAUAUCAACGAUAUCUUGGCAGACAGCGCCGGCUGCAGCGUAAUCUAUUUCCCUGCUGGAACAUACAUGGUGACGGACACUAUCUUUGUUCCCGCCGGGAGACGCAUUGUCGGUGACUCCUUUGCUUCAACCAUCAGUGCUGUUGGUGUGAAAUUCCAGAACCCGGCUGCUGUUCGGCCUAUGGUCAGGUUCGGAUACCCUGGGGAUGUUGGCAUCGCGCAGGUGACUGACAUGAUGUUCACGGUUGGGGAUAUUCUUCCUGGUUGUAAAAUGAUCGAAGUGAACAUCGCCGGUGCAAAGCCUGGUGACGUCGGAUUCUGGAACAGUCAUAUCAGAGUUGGUGGUGCAGUCGGAAGCAAAGUUGAGAGCCAAUGUGCAGGAAGCCCAGCUAAGUGCAAGGCAGCCUGGGCCACCCUCCAUCUCACCAGUACUUCCUCUGCCUAUAUCGAGAACAUGUGGGGAUGGACAGCGGACCAUGACCUUGACGGUGAGAACGGUCAAAUUAUUGCCACUGGGCGCGGCAUCCUCGUGGAAGCGACCGCUGCCACCUGGCUCGUUGGAACUGGAUUCGAACACCAUACGCUCUACCAGUACAACUUUGAAUCUGCGCACAACGUGUUUUCCACCAUGCAGCAGAGCGAAUCGGCAUACUGGCAAGGCCCAGGCAACGUGCUGGCCCCUGCUCCUUGGCAGGAUAACCUUGUCAACAGUGACCCCGACUUUUCACAGUGUGCUGAGGGAGACGCCCUCUGUCGGAUGGGAUUGUUUGAGCGGAUCCAUGGCUCGUCGAACAUUUUCCUCUAUGGAGGCUGCAACUGGGUGUUCUUCAACAACGGCGGAGACUGCCAAUCAAACAAUGGGAAAUGCCAGAAGAAUGCCAUCCAGAUUCAGGACUCGUCAGCAGUCUAUCUUUAUGGAACGAACACCAAGAGCACAAUCAACAUGGUGCUCGACGGCCACCGCGCGAUCGCGACAGAAGAAGAAAACUCCGGUGGCUGGGGAGGUGUCGUCGCCGCGUACCUUUACGCUGCAUAA